CUGUUAGUGUUACGCUGUGGGGGCGGAGCUCCCUAGAAUCCCCCCGCUUCCAUUGACGGAGCCUCCAAAGGCAUCCCCCCCUCUCUCUCUCUAACCCCUAUAAAAUCUCUUUCUCCUCUUGUUUUUGCUCUGGCUAAUCUCAGACCCACCCUUAACCUGCUCCACCACCGAUCCUCUCUCAUGGCCGCCUCGAUCUCUUUCGCUUCACCCAUCAUCUCCAAGCCCUCCGCUGCUCCGCGGAGCACGGUACCGCUCCGCCCUCUUCCUGUCGCUCCCCGGUGCGUUAACCUUCGAUCUUCUCUUAGAUCCUCUGACGCCUCCGCUGCCUUCUCUGGUGUCAGAACUCAUGUUACGGCUGUCGAGCAAGCAACAGUUGAGGAAACCCCGAAAGUGGAGACGCCUGUUGUCAUUGUAACCGGAGCUUCUAGAGGUAUUGGAAAGGCUAUUGCAUUAGCCAUGGGUAAAGCUGGUUGCAAGGUCCUCGUUAACUAUGCAAGGUCAUCAAAGGAGGCAGAAGAAGUUUCAAAAGAAAUUGAGGCCUCUGGUGGUCAAGCCCUCACCUUCGGUGGAGAUGUUUCAAAAGAAGCCGAUGUGGAAUCUAUGAUCAAAACUGCAGUUGAUGCUUGGGGAACGGUUGAUAUUUUGAUAAACAAUGCAGGCAUUACUCGAGAUACUUUACUGAUGAGAAUGAAGAAAUCUCAAUGGCAGGAUGUAAUUGACCUGAACCUUACGGGUGUCUUUCUUUGCACGCAGGCUGCAGCCAAAAUAAUGAUGAAAAAGAGAAAGGGAAGAAUUGUCAAUAUAGCAUCUGUUGUUGGUCUUGUUGGAAAUGUUGGUCAAGCCAACUAUAGUGCUGCGAAGGCAGGAGUGAUUGGUUUGACCAAAAGUGUAGCAAGGGAAUAUGCAAGCAGAAACAUCACGGUGAAUGCAGUUGCCCCUGGAUUUAUUGCAUCUGAUAUGACUUCCACACUUGGGGAAGACAUUGAGAAGAAAAUCUUACAGGGUAUCCCUCUAGGGCGAUACGGAAAACCAGAAGAAGUUGCUGGAUUGGUGGAGUUUUUAUCCCUUAAUCCUGCUGCAAGUUACAUCACUGGCCAGGUAUUCACCAUUGAUGGUGGGAUGGUGAUGUAGAACUUGUUGUCGAUGUUCUUGUAUCAGAUAUGUACAUUGGAGGUGAGUCUGGAUAUGAUUAUCUGGCUGCAAAUUUGAGAAAUAAGGGCACAUAGAAGGUGUUCUCAUGUUUUCUACGGCUUCUUCAAAAGUCUGUUUAGAUUCUGCGAGUAACUUGAAUUAACUUGUGAGUUGCUUGAAUCAACUUGCGUUCUUGUUUUGCGAGGGGUUCAGGCCUGGAACUUCUUUGGAUGUGUGGAUUUCGGCCAUUAGUUUUUGUAGUUGGAACUUUUGGAAGUGCUAUUAUGAGAAUAUAUAUUUUAGUUUUUGGCAUUUUCUUCAA